AUGUCGUCUUCCGGUGAUUAUCAGGUUGCUGCCUGCGCCGCGGGAUUCAGUCUCGGCUUUGGCUAUCUCACCACUGUACGCGCCAUACAUCAGACCAAAGCUAACAUGAAUCCAUGGCGAAGUCACUAUAUCUGGAUGAUCUGGGGUGAGAUCGUAGCGAAUCUUGUUCUUGGUAUCUUGUGCUGGCUCUGGCUGAAGGACAUCGUGAAAAACGGAGCUGUACUUCUCUUUUUCGUCCUCUUCUUUUAUGUCUUCGAGGUCCAGUUCCUCAUGCAGAUUAUCAUCAACCGAAUCUCAAUCAUCUCGGAGCGUAAGGCGACCGCAAAGAAGCUGAAAAUUGCCACUGCCAUUGUCAUCUCUUGUAUCAACGCCGCCGUAUUCUGCAUAUUCAUCCCGUCACAUCUUACCCCGCCACCUAGCAUGGUCUUUGUACACAUUAACAAAUAUUGGGACCGCUGCUCGAAGAUCCUCAUCAUGCUAGUCGACGCAUUUUUGAACUGGUACUUCGUGUAUGUCGUGAAGGCCAGACUCGUGAAGCAACAUGGCCUUCGUAAAUACAAGCCUCUUGUUGCUUACUAUACUCGUCUGGGUGUCAUUUCAGUCUGUAUGGACCUCAUGCUCAUUGGCCUUAUGUCUUUGCCGAAUGGUAUUGUAUUCGUCCAAUUUCACCCUGUUGCUUACAUGGUCAAACUCAACAUCGAAAUGUCCAUGGCCGAUAUGAUCAUCAAGGUCGCAAAGUCCAACGAGCAGGACAUGAAUUUUGGAUCAUCAUCACAAGGCACACCCUACCCUGGAAACACUCAGAGGUCCCAGCAUGGCCACACAUUCAACGACGACCGAGACGACACACACGGAAUUGCAAAAGGCGUCACCAACACCGCUUUCGUCGGUCACAAUCGUGUCGACGAGGAUCUCCGAGAGGAUAUUCACGGCAUCAAACGCCAGACAGAAGUUCAAGUCUACGUUGGCGACUCAGAUAGCGACGAUCGAUCAAUCGAUCUUGAGCAUGGAAAGCCGACGACAAGAGACUUCACGCGUGAUCGUGAUAACUUCACAGCGAAUAAUCGGGUCAGCCAACACUCGAACGAUUCACAGAUACCCAUGCAUGAUCUUGCUAGUCAUGUUGGUCGUGCGGAAUAA